AUGGCUUUCCACAAUACAACAAAAUACCUUACAAUAAGCGUCAUUGCAAUAGUAUUUGUAGCUGGAGCACUGCUAAAAAAUGUGACAGCACAAAAUUGUGGCUGUGCCCCAGGACUAUGUUUUAGCCAAUAUGGCUAUUGCGGCACCGGCAAAGAUUACUGCAGCCAGGGUUGUCAACAAGGUCCUUGUACUGGUGGUGGCGGCACACCAACCACACCAAGCACCAAUGUUGGUUCGUCUGUGGCUGAUAUAGUAACUCCAGAAGUCUUCAAUGGGAUCAUAAGCCAGGCUUCUUCAGACUGUGCUGGGAAGAACUUCUACUCUCGAGGGGGUUUUCUUGACGCUGUCAACUCAUUUUCUGACUUUGGUAGACUUGGUUCGGUUGACACUGUAAACGGGAAAUUGCAGCUUUCUUUGCUCAUGUCACUCAUGAGAUUGGCCAAGUUGACAGUGUUCGUCCUGUGGUAUUGGAUGAACAGUGUUCUUCCUGUUGUUAGCCAAGGAUUCGGAGCCACAACUCGAGCCAUUAAUGGUGCUGUGGAAUGCGAUGGUAAAGAACCUGGAAAAAUUCAAGCCCAGAUCAACUAUUACAAUGAUUAUUGCAACCAACUUAAUGUUAAUCCUGGCGGUAAUCUCUAUUGCUAG